AUGGCAUCUGGAUCUUCAUCGAGUCGGCCUAUCCAUCCCGGGUCCAAACCGUUUGCUAUCCCGUCAGAUGAUGUUCUCUGCUCCUACGAGGAUUACGGCAAUCCGGAUGGGAAUAAUGGAUACCCUCCCGACCCGUCGAUUGGAGCUAGUUCCACUGAGGAAUUCCACAAAAGUAGAAUGGCGAGAUCAUCUGUUUUUCCUUCUGUCUCUUUCGGCCCACCAGAAGAUUCUUCUUUUAAUCAAGAUCUUAUCUCUACUGUUGAAAAUACUGUGAAGAAGUAUACAGACCAUCUCAUGCAUUUUCUUGAAGGAAUUAGUUCUCGACUGUCACAGUUGGAAUUAUAUUGUUACAAUCUUGACAAAGCUAUUGGUGAAAUGCAUUCUGAAUUAGCUCGUGAUCAUAGGGAGGCAGAGUUGAAGCUAAAAUCUCUGGAAAAACACAUCGACGAGGUCCACAGGUCAGUGCAGAUCCUAAGAGAUAAGCAGGAACUGGAUGAAACUCAGAAGGAACUAGCCAAACUGCAGCUUUUGCAGAAAGAAUCAUCUUUGGCAACCAAUUCUCAACAGAGCGAGGAAGGAGCUUCUCUACCUGCUCCCGAUGCCAAAAAGAGUGAUAACUCAUCAGAUAAUCAAGGUCAACCAUUGGCAGUUGCCCUACCCCAUCAAGUAGCUUCUCAACCUUCGGUACCUACUCGGCCAGUUGAGCACCAGCAGCCUCCUGUGGCUCCCCCGCUGUCAGUGCCUUCGCAGAGUAUGCCACAAGCAAAGGCAUAUUACUUGCCUCCACCGACUUCAUCACAAUUAUCUCAGGCUCAAUAUCUGCCAACACAAUAUCAAAUUCAAGAUUACUCUAGAGUGGCAGCACAGUUUACCCAAUCUCAAGUAAACCAGCCACAACAAAUUCAGUCAUUACCUCCAUGUCAGCAGCAGUGGCCACCUCAGCAUGGUCAACCACCACCACCUCAACUGCCAUCUGUGCCUCCACAGAUUAGAUCCUCAUCUCCAGCAGUGAACCCUUCCUACCUGUCUAGCCAACCAAAUCCUUCUCCACCAGAAAUGACGGCUCCUAAUAGCAUGCCCAUGCAAGUGCCAUUUUCGGGUCCAUCUCAACCUGGGCCUACUGGUUCUGAGGGUAUUAUGCCUUAUGGGCAUGGUGGUGCUGGCAGACCAACUAUAUCUCAGCCUCCAACACGGCAUGGCAAGAUUGCAUACAGUGCACAAUCUGGGGAUGUGUAUGUACCUAGUGCAACUCGUCCGACACUUCCUAUGGGAAACUAUUAUACUAUGUUUGACGGUGAAGGUGGAAGGACACAUCAUCCACCCCCACAACCUCACUUCCAACAAAAUGCUUAUCCUCCUAGUAGCAUCCCCCUCCAGAACCCUCUGCACAUGGCUAAUUUGAUGGUUCGUCCACCACAGUUCAUGCGCAAUCAUCCCUACACUGAGCUGAUAGAGAAGUUGGGAAGCAUGGGUUACAGAGGUGAUCAUGUUGUUGGUGUAAUUCAGCGACUGGAAGAGAGUGGUCGGCCCAUUGACUUCAACGCUGUGCUUGACAGAUUGAAUGGACAUUCUUCUGGAGGUUCUCAGAGAGGAUGGUCCGGCUAA